AUGAAGCGCCGGUUGGAAUCAAAAGGAUUGAAUAUGGGCACGUUGGAAAAGCUGUUCCUGCACGCAGGCAUCUUCUCCUUUGUUGGCUCGGUCCUAUUGGGCCCAGGAAUCCCCUUGCUCGUCGUGCUCCCCGUUGAUCAUCGACAGGCCCCGCUCCUCCUUGCACCCCUCCGCUCUUGCAUCCACAUCCGUCUCUGCCUCCGCAAAACCCGCCACAAUCUAGCUCAACCCCCCUACACCCUUGCUUGGUGGAAACCGCAAGAGCGGGCGUCAAUCAUCCAGGACAAGAUCAAGGAAGAAACCCACGGCUAUCGCUGGCCCCUGGAGCAAACAAGCAAGAAGGCAGUGAUCAUUGAAUCCGGCCCGGCGGGACUAGCGUGUGCAGACCAGCUCAACCGGGCCGGCCAUACGGUGACCGUCUACGACCGUAACAAUCGUCACGGUGAGCUACUUAUGUCAUUGUACGGAAUCCUGAACAUGAAAUUUGACAAGGAGGUCAUUCAGAGACGGCUCAAUCUCAUGGCCGCUGAACCCACUUCCUUUGUUGGGAACACCGACGUUGGUGUAUCUACUGUUGUCAACAAAAUCCGUGCCAACAACCAUGCUCUUGUUGUCUCUACAGACUACCGGAGCUACUUGGCCUUGUAUCUUGAGCUUACCCAACCAAAAUCUGACCCUCCUGCUGCUUGUCGGCACCCUGGCCUUCUUUACAUCUCCCUCGACGUCCUCUUCUCCCUACAAUGCGCUGCAGACCUCUUCAGAUUUGAAGGCUUCCCCAAAAGAUUCAGCAUCAACCAGCUUGCCAACCUGCCUGCACCCAAGGCUGGACGGCUCCAUGCCGCAGAUGAUAUUGAGGACAAUCUUGACCGCUCUCCCAAUUAUUGUCCCGCACAAGCCUCCGCCUCUUGCACCCGGCGACCGCUCCUAUAG